AGAAUAAGAAGAAGGGCAAAAUAUGACAUUUAGAAGUGCAUGCUUUCCCCAGUUCCUUCGAUCUUUGGUCGGCCCUGGCCGUUCCAAGGCUGGAGCUUGCCGUUAUUUCGCAUCUCGGGCCGCGUCUGCCUCAAAGGAAGGCUGCGACCCUCCUUCCUACAGAGAUGAUGAGAAUGCUGGCAUGGAUUGGGAUAAUCUUGGAUUUAGUCCGGUGCAAACUGAUUUUAUGUACAUCAUGAAAUGUUCGAAAGAUGAAAAUUUUGCCCAAGGACAGCUUAGUCGCUACAGGAACAUUGAAUUCAACCCUUCAGCAGGAGUCUUAAAUUAUGGACAGGGUAUUUUUGAAGGUAUAAAAGCAAACAGGAAAGAAGAUGGGAGCCUGCUUCUCUUCCGUCUUGAUCAAAAUGCCAUCCGCAUGAAGAUUGGUGCUGAAAGAAUGUGUAUGCCCUCUCCAUCCAUUGAUCAGUUUAUCGAGGCAGUGAAACAAACUGUUCUUGCUAAUAAGCGUUGGGUUCCUCCAUCAAGAAAAGGGUCCCUCUACAUUAGACCUUUGCUCAUAGGAAGCGGUCCUGUUUUGGGCAUUACUCCAGCCCCUGAAUACAUGUUCCUCACAUAUGCUUCCCCUGUUGGCAACUAUUUCAAGCAAGGUAAUGCACCUUUGAACUUAUAUGUUGAAGAAGAAUUAAUUCGUGCCUCUCCUGGUGGAGCUGGAGGAGUGAAAUCUAUUUCAAAUUAUGCGCCGGUUAUGAAAGCACUAAUCAGAGCAAAAAGCCAGGGAUUUUCUGAUGUUUUGUACCUUGACUCAGUAAAUAAGAAAUAUUUGGAGGAACUCUCGGCUUCCAACAUUUUCAUUAUCAAGGGGAAUGUUAUUGCAACCCCUCUUACAAGUGGGACUAUUCUUCCUGGAAUCACUCGUAAAAGCAUUAUCGACAUUGCGAAUGAUCUUGGUUAUCAGGUUGAGGAAAGAGCUAUAUCAGUGGACGAAUUGAUAGAUGCUGAUGAAGUUUUUUGCACUGGGACUGCUGUGGGUGUUGCUUCAGUCGGUAGCGUUACAUACACGGGCAGAAGGAUUCAAUUCAAAGUGGGUGAAUGCUCCAUUUGCCAAGAAUUAGGCUCAACUCUCGUUGGCAUUCAAACAGGCCAAAUUGAAGAUAAGAAGGACUGGAUUAUCAAGAUUCCAUAAUUCUUUACGAG